AUUCGUCUGAUUUUACAGAUACAUUAACAAUCCAAGCGUUAAUAGGAGCGGAAAUAUAAUGGAACCCUCCGAUGCCGGAUCCCCUUUCGACAGGCUGUCUCCAGAGCUCAUUUUCUUCAUUUUUGACCAUCUGAAUCUCGAAUCAUUGAAGGCAGUUUCGCUAACAUGUCACCGUUUGGAGGAAAUGUUUGCCGACUACAGUGCACGUCGGUUUGUGCUGAGCAGCCGCAAGAAAACCAACCGAAAAGAAGAUCUUCCGCCGCUGAGAAACGUUUUAGAAACCAUGGAAGAGGCAGUCACACUGCUGCAGCGUACAAAACGUGCCUACCGCCGCUUUCAUCUCGACGUGAGGUGUCACCCUAAGCCAAGCAGUCUCGAUGAUAUGCAAGCUGCCCACGACAAGCUACUCGCGACGCGCUUGAUACAGCAAUUGGUUGUGCUGAAGCUAGAUCUCGGGUAUGAAUUGCACAAAAUUGCCGUAAAACUUUCGGGUGUGGUGACUAAGAUGGAAAGUUUGCAAGUGUUGUACAUCGGACAUGAAGCUACGGAUAAUCCGUACCCGUUUAGUCAGCUGAGCCUUGUCAACCGUUCACUGCAAAAGCUGUUGCUGAGCAACGUUUGGCCCGGCAGGAUCGAUUGCCCCAAAAUGGGGAGCCUGAACGUUUCGGUGUUAGAAAUAGAUCUGGGGUCCAUCAUUGGUAAGCAGUAUGUACAGCACGGUGGCCAGGAACCGUACUGGAAGCUGAAGCAGCUGUCAGAGCUGGUAAUUCAGACACUAUCGAAGCAUCGCUCACUUUCCCUGCUCGUGAGAACCAAUUCAACGUAUGGGAGUCAGUUUUAUCGGCAGCUGACACAGCUUACGAUAUUACAAGUUCACCCUCUGUUGGUGACAGAUGAGACGCUGCAGGCCAUUGGCGAAACGUGCGUACAGCUGGAGCGCCUGUCGCUCUCGUAUCUGCGCAUGAUAAACCCGGCAUCCUUCCACCACCUCUCCAACCUAACGAACCUGCGACAUUUGGCAAUUAAGGACAGCAACAAAAUGUUAUCGUUCGCUGGCUUUCGCAUGCCACUACUGGAAAGACUUGAGUUGGGAGACGCCACACAAAUUGAUUGGCCAUCGUUGGCGCAGUUUGCAUCGAUAGAAUGUCUCCUGAUUAGAUGUGAUUCCUCACAGCUGAACGGACUGUGUGAUCUGUUUGCUGAACGCAUGCGCCGGCUACACACGCUAUGGCUCAAGUGUUACUCCUAUUCAGAUCGGCCGCGUUAUCGAGAGCUAGCUGCUGCACUUCCCAAACUGCCUGCGCUGGAAACGCUCGUGCUAGAAACUUCUGUAUAUUCGAACUGUUUUAUUUUUCUCAAAACAAUCGAACCGAUGCUUCGGCUGACUCGACUAAUUAUAUGCUCUUUUCCUUCUCGGCGGCAUGACAUUGGCCAACAGGUUGCAACACUGUUACCCAACGUUCCGAAUAUCGAAAUUCGUGACUUACAUGAUGUGUACGAAGUAAGAAAAAGUUUGAAAUUUGUAACGAUGGAUUAGAUUUGUAACGAUGGAGCUAAGGCUCCAAUUGGAACUUUUAGUGCCUUUAGUAGGUUUAUUCAAUAUUAGUAGGCGUUAGUAGGCGGAUUUAGAAUAUCAGGGGCGCUAAGCGGUACGACGAAUGGAGGCCCCUAUAGAUGAUGAUAGAGCAAAGGGGAGGGUCAGACUAUCGAUCUACGGGGCCCCUACAUCGACGGGCUCCAGACGGCCGCUAAGUCCGCCCACCGUUAGAUCCGCCGCUUAACUUUAUCUCUUUAUCUUUAUCUUUAUUUAAACUUUAUCUCUAAUCAAAGCUCAUUAAACGAUCACAUAUGGGUUUGAGAAAUUUAAACGCCAUUAACAACUUACCAAUCAAUAACAACUGCUAUAUGAAACUAUAUCAACAAUGUUACUUAACAAUUAUAAAUAUUGAAUAAUAAUUACUCAAUAAAUAAUU